CUGUAAUGCGAUCACUCUCUCUCUCUCUCUUUUAAUUUUUUUUUUUUAAAUUUUUCUCUCAAAAGUCUUCUGCUCUCUCUGGCGCACUCACCGCUACCGCCGACUUUGUAACGGUUAGCCGUCGUGUUUUGGCGGCGCCGAUUUUACCCGCUCGCCGGCGAUCUUCUCCAAAACUCGUCUGUUAUUUUGAAAUCCUCUACUCUCUCUCGCUUCCGUGCUUUGGAUUAACUCUCAUUUCCGGUUUUAAUAGUGCUUUGCUUUUGUUUGCUUCGUCUUAUUGAAAAUACUCUUUGUAAGGAAGUAGUUUCUUUCAUCAAGAAGUAAACAAAAUGAUUGGAUCCUUUCUUACCCGAGGACUGGUGAUGGCUUUUGGCUAUGCUUAUCCAGCAUAUGAAUGUUAUAAAACUGUUGAAAUGAAUAAGCCUGAGAUUGAGCAACUGCGGUUUUGGUGCCAGUAUUGGAUAUUGGUGGCUGUUUUGACGGUUUGUGAGAGAAUUGUUGAUGCUUUUAUAUCGUGGGUUCCAAUGUACAGUGAAGCUAAGUUGGCAUUCUUUAUAUAUUUGUGGUACCCCAAAACAAGGGGAACUUCUUAUGUGUAUGACUCUUUCUUUAGACCAUAUGUUGCCAAGCAUGAAAAUGAAAUUGACCGUAACUUGUUGGAACUAAGGACUAGAGCUGGAGAUAUGGCAGUUCUUUACUGGCAAAAAGCUGCAAGCUAUGGUCAGACAAGAAUUUUUGAGAUCCUGCAGUAUGUUGCUUCACAGUCAACCCCAAGACCUCACCAUGCUCAGGCACAAGGUGCUACGGCUCGCCAACCAUCUGAUGUGCAAAACCUGCAAUCAUCUAGUAAAGCACAAGCAGCACAACCAGAGGCUGAAGAACCGCCAUCACCGACAUCUAGCACAUCUUCCAGUCAACACCAAAAGGAAGUAGCUGAAGAGGUGGGACCUUCGAAGGCGCCUUCACAAGUGGCUAAACCAGCCAACCCUUCAGCACCCUCAAAUAGCCAAAAAGCAGAUACUGCAUCUGAAAGUACCUGUCAGCCUGCAGAAACUGAAGCGGAAGCAAUGGAAACUGAACAGGUGCCACCUUCUCCUGGGAAUGAAAGCACAAACCCUCCCCCAAAAGACACUCUUAUGGAAGAAAGCAUUCGACUCACACGUGGCAGAUUGAGGAAAGCCCGUUCCGCAGCCUAUUAAAAAUAAUGGUAUUAAAUAUGU